AUGUCUUUGCUGUUCACUGGCUCCUCGCUUCUCCUAUUAUUGGCGUUCGUCAAGAUCGCAGUAACUUACCUUCGUCGUCGGACGUUGAAAGACUUACAAGGUCCCCCGUCCACUUCUUUCUGGCUCGGAAACGAGAAAGACACGAGGUACCAGAACGAAGUGGGCGACGUCGAAUUCAAGUGGCUUCGCCAGUAUGGAACAGCUUGGCGCUCGAUGGGCAUCAUGGGCGAGGAAUACCUUACACUCGCUGAUCCCAAGGCCCUGCAAUACGUCCUGCACACAUCAGGAUACCAUUAUUCCAAACGCAAGGAUAUAAGGGCAAUCGUGCGGUUUAUCACAGGCGACGGACUCGUUUGGACGGAGGGUGAGGACCAUCGUCGCCACAGGAAGGUUAUGAAUCCUGCGUUCGAUGCAGCACAAUUGAAAGGCUUUGCGACACUCUUCCAUAGGGCUGCUGCCAAGUUGAUGCAGAAGUGGAAAGACGAGAUGGCAUCCGACCCCACCGGGUCUCCCACUAUUGACAUCACGAAAUGGAUCUCUCGUAUGACGCUCGAUGUCAUCGGUGAAGCGGGUUUCGAUUACAAUUUUGGUGCACUCGAUAACACGAACAGUCCCCUCGCGGCCGUGUACAGAAACCUCUUCAUCGAUUCUACCCUCUACCCGUCCAAAUUUGACACGGUCUUCAAAGCAACAUGGUGCGUCCUUCCGGAGGCCCUCCUCCAUGCCUUCCGCUACCUUCCAGGCCGUGAAUACACCCGCUUCCGUCAUUACCUUGACUAUGUGAGAGGCGCAGCCAAGGAACUUGUCGAGAAGAGCGAGGGGACAGGUAAUGGGAAGGAUAUCAUUAGUAUUCUUCUUAGGGCAAAUAAGUCCGAGAACCCAAAGACGAAGCUAUCGGAUCGAGAGGUUGUCGAUCAAGUUUCGACUCUGUUGCUGGCAGGCCACGAUACCACAGCGGUAUCUAUCACAUGGCUUCUGUGGGAGCUGGCCAAACAUCCCGAGUACCAGGUCCAGAUUCGCGGGGAGCUAUCUGUCGCCAGGGCAGAGGCCACCGCUCGCGGCGAUCGUGAUUUCAGCACAACCGACCUCGAAGUCUUGCCCAUGUUUCAGGCCGUUUUGAAGGAAGGCAUGCGGUUGCAUCCAAUUGUCUGGAAUCUGGGUCGCACAGCUGGUAGAGACGACGUAAUUCCUCUGGCGUAUCCCAUCACUACAAAGUCUGGGGAGCAAAUCUCCGCGAUACCUAUCAGUAAAGGCCAAAACAUCCAGAUCCCGAUUUGUGCCUACAAUAGGAUUCCGCAAGUGUGGGGCGAAGAUGCGGAUGCGUUCAGGCCCGAAAGGUUCCUUGAGAAGGAUAAGGAUAGCCAGGUGUCGGUCGGCAUGUAUGCGAACUUGAUGAACUUUUCCGCUGGCCUCCGCGCAUGCAUCGGCUGGAGAUUCUCCGUCCUUGAGAUGCAGGCCAUGAUCGCCGACCUUAUCGAGAACUUUGAGUUCGCCCUGCCAGACAACGCCAAGGAAAUGGUGAUCUUGCGAAAGCCUACGGGAAUCAUGAUGCCUAUGGUUAAGGAUCAUCCAGAACUUGGAGGUUGGAUGGGGCUGAAGGUGACGAGCGUGCGGUGA